CAAAAGUGUUUACCGCAUCGAUUCUACGACAGUCGCAACGACGUACGUACUCAUUGACAAGGCGUAGAACAAAAGAUAUUUGGACGUUUGAUAACGUCAGGCCCUAGAAACCCGUUCAAUUAACCAAAUACACAUUCGUACCAGUGUCUGAUGGUUGAAUAAACCCGAUUGAAUCACUCACGUGGUGCCUUUUCCAGUGACUUCUGGGGAUAAUCCAUCAAUGGUUGGGAGACUUGCAGAGAGGCGCUAUCAAUUAGCAGCUCAGAAGCGUAACGAAACAGCAUUAAAAUUCGAUUAUUACGUACAAGCGGCGAACUACUUCGAGCGCGAAUGCGGAAAAGCGAAGCAAUUCAAUUCCUGGAACGUUGACAAAGUAAAGCCAACUCACUGGGAGAAUAUUAGAAAGACCGAGGCACUUCAUAGGCGUCAAAGUCAACUUCAGGAUCUUCUGAGGGCCGAGAACGAAGUUUAUCAGCGUGAAAUUGACGAAUCGAGGUCACGAAAGAAUACGAGAGAGGAGACGACGCUCGAGGCAUUGAAAGAGAAGUUGAGGCAGAAGAGGACGGAGCAGAGUUUGUACCAUCCGAGGACUUGCCGAAGGAUUCAAUCGUACUUCAGUUAUCCCACGAAGGAAGACAGAGAAUUGUUGAAAGAAAUCAAUACCUGGGCGCCGAGUAGACCCUCUCGAAAGAGCCUAGAGAACACAAAUCUUCGGUACGAGAUGCAGUCAUCAGAGAGUACCACCGAGAGCCCUCAGAGGAAGAAGACUGGGCACGUGGACUUUACGAAUCUUGUGGAUCAGGCAAGUUUCAAUGUCAGACAUCAAGAGUUCAUGGACAACCGAGCGGCAUCUAAUCGAUCGAACUUUGGAACACUUCCUGCGCAAAGAUUUCAGGAUGACAAGAAAGAAAGUGACAAAGAUUCUUCUGGACGAAGCUCAGCUGGAUCGUACGAACGAUCGGAUUUCCUCGAUGGACAGCAGCCACCAGAAGGAUGGAAUUUGCCCAAGAAGUUUGCUGAGAGAUAUGCGAAGAGAAGCCUUCAAGACACUAAUGUUCGUGAGACUGGUGGACCAACUGUGAAGCCUAAUGACACGCUAGAAGAUGUUGAUGAUGAUGGAGUUGUGCAAACAUUGGCUGAAGAUAAUGACAGUCAGGAAGAAUCUCAGGACAAAGCGGAUUACAUUGCUGACAAGAUGCAGUCGAUGGAGCUUCACCCGAAUUCCGUUGAAAAUAGGGAUCACGAUCAACCGUGGGUGCCACAAUCGUCAAGCGCCAUGCUCAUGUAUCUGACUCAUCAAGAGGUGAAGAAGAAGAUUGAGGAUUUGGAGAACAGGGAGAUGAAGGCCAUCCACAAGCAAUCGUGGGAGGAAGCUCUUCGUUUGAAGGAUAUGAAGAAUCGACUGGAGUUGUUCAGGGACAAGCAGUUUUAUCUGCGCGAUGAUAUCAAGAUUGAUCCUGAGCUGAGGCAGUUGGCGCUGAAGAGCAUUGAGGCACGCAGCAAGCAGCUGAUUAAUCGAGAACAGUUCUAUGUGCAGUCACAGAUGUACAGUGAGGAGGCUAAGCUCAUGUGGCACAUGUGGGCUGAGGAGGACAAGAAACAUUACAUCAGUGAUGAAAAAGCUGAGAGGGAUCUUCUACUGCGUCAACUCGAGGAGGAGUGGGAGCUACUUCAGCAGGAGGAGAAGCAGAGAAUCUUCUAUGAUUACAUGCAGAUCAUGAACAAGUCGUUCUCGCAACAUGAGAUGGAUCUCCUUGCCAAAUUAACAAAGCAGAAAUUCUAAUGGUUCUCACUCUGAGAUCAUUCGCUGCUCUCGAGCUUUUUAUGUUUCUUUGGCCUUCGAGUACAGGAAUUCUUCAUUUCAUCAUAGGCAUUUCAUAUUUGAUUAAGCGUUGAAUAUCUUUAUCUGUGAACUCAAGACUAAUCCGUCCCUGUUGAGGCAUUUAGAGACUAUAGCUUUGCUUUUUGUGAGGACAGUUGUAAAUUUAAUGGCCAUGCUAAUGCUGGAAACAAUUAGUGAUAGUAUGUAACGUUUGUCGUUUUUGCCGAAAUUUUUAAGAAAGAAAAAGCCAAAUUUUUCGGUACUAUAAUUGAAAAUUUUGUAGCUGUACCCAUACUGCAACCGUUCAUCAUCCCUGACUUUUCUAUUCUUUCGAAAUGGAAAAUAAUAUUGAUUUUGUUAAUAAUUGUAAUAACAUUGCAAUGCUGUGAGCUUUGAUAUAUGUAAUAAUGUUGCGACGAUUUACAUCGUCCGCGAUUUUUCUAUGUUGCAUAAAUUAAACAAUAAAUAGCAAUUUGUUCAUUAA